UAACUUCACUGAAAGGUAGAUGCGCUUAAAGGGUUGUUUUUGCCAUCUCGAACUGUAUUUUGUGACUCCCUCUGGACCAGGAAAAUGUAUGCAGCUUUUACGCUCUUCGUCUUCAUCUGCUUGACUGCCACCACCCAUGCAGAUCACCAUCAGCCUUGUCAUGCACCCAAUAUGACAGGAUUCAUGAAUGUGUUAAGCCUUAAGGGUGAAUUGAAAGCAUUUGGUGCAUUCACUUAUGACUCAAUGGGCAAGAAACUACGGUUCAGAUCAAACGAGAGCCACCCCGUCAACACAUCCGUAGGUUUGGAUGUGCUGAUGUUUUUCGAUGAGGGAAUAUUCUAUGAGAUUGACAGCAAAAACCAGAGCUGUGAGAAAACAUUGCAAUGCACCCAGCACCCUCUAGAUAUCCCCGAUGAUGCAACAUUCAUGACUACAGUAAACACUGGGAAUCCAUCCAUUGAAGGGGAGGGAUUAAAAAUCAAUGCAUGGACAGGAUCAAUGCCAGACAAGAAAGGCAAGUACUACAUGGCUGUAACCAUGGAAUGUUUGCCUGUGGGCACAUUCUACUUCUAUGAGUCCUCAUCAUUCCUUUUCAGCCUCACGGAGAUUGACACCGAGAUCAAGGAUCCUGAUCUCCUCAUGGUGCCCUCCAUUUGUCUGGGACAGCCUUUGGAGGAGACACCUGAAGGGACCGUCCAUAGCUUCCUCAACGAGUUCAUGUAGAUGACACCUUGCCAGCAGAAAAUCCAACCCCCUAUCCAAAUGUGGUCUGCCAGAACCUUAGACUUUUCUUUGCUUUUCAUGUGUGACUCAAGUUUUUUGUGUGGCACUGCACUACA